AUGGGUCAAAUCAAGAUUGGUCCAAAUGGAAUGCUCAGUCCAGAGACAUGGGCUCAGCAGGGCACACAACCACACUCCAUCAAGAUUGAGGGGGACAUCACCCUGGGUGGCCUGUUCCCAGUGCACUCCCGUGGGCCAGCCGGUGUGCCCUGUGGGGAGAUCAAGCGGGAGAAAGGUAUUCACCGUAUGGAGGCCAUGCUGUAUGCCCUGGAUCAGAUCAACAGUGACCCUGAACUCCUGCCUAACAUCACCCUGGGGGCCAGAAUCCUGGACACCUGUUCUAGAGACACCUACGCCCUGGAGCAGUCGCUCACCUUCGUCCAGGCCCUCAUCCAGAAGGAUAACUCGGACGUGCGCUGCUCUAAUGGCGAGCCACCCAUCAUUCCCAAACCGGAGAGGGUGGUCGGAGUAAUCGGGGCAUCGGGCAGCUCAGUGUCCAUCAUGGUGGCUAACGUGCUGAGACUCUUUGCGAUCCCCCAGAUUAGUUAUGCGUCCACGGCUCCAGAGCUGAGUGACAAAAGCCGUUAUGAGUUCUUUUCCCGUGUGGUCCCUCCUGACUCCUACCAGGCCCAGGCCAUGGUGGACAUCGUCAAGGCUAUGGGGUGGAACUACGUAUCUACACUGGCCUCAGAAGGAAACUACGGAGAGAGCGGUGUCGAUGCCUUCCUCCAGAUAUCUCGAGAGGCAGGAGGUCUAUGCAUCGCCCAAUCCAUUAAAAUCCCCCGAGAGCCCAAACCAGGGGGCUUUGAUAAGAUCAUCAAGAGACUAAUGGAGACCUCUAAUGCUCGUGGGGUCAUCAUCUUUGCCAAUGAGGACGACAUCAGACGUGUCUUAGAGGCAGCAAAGAGGGCCAACCUGACGGGUCACUUCCUUUUUGUGGGCUCUGACAGUUGGGGGGCCAAGAGCUCGCCCAUCCUGGACCAGGAGGAUGUGGCUGAGGGGGCUGUCACCAUCCUCCCUAAGAGGGCCUCCAUCGACGGGUUCGACAACUACUUCACCUCAAGAUCUCUGGAAAACAACAGAAGGAACAUCUGGUUUGCUGAAUACUGGGAGGACGACUUCAAAUGUAAACUGACCCGAGCAGGUAUCAAGUACGACCUUGGUAGGAGAAAAUGUACAGGUGAAGAGAGAAUCGCUCAGGAAUCUCAGUAUGAGCAGGAAGGGAAGGUACAGUUUGUGAUUGACGCGGUGUAUGUCAUGGCCCAUGCCUUACACAGCAUGCACCUGGACCUCUGUCCGGGCUCCAUGGGUGUCUGUGAGAAGAUGGACCCAGUGGAAGGGAGUAAGCUGCUCCAAUACAUUCGCUCAGUCAACUUUAAUGGCAGUGCAGGGACUGGGGUCAUGUUCAAUGAGAAUGGAGAUGCUCCUGGUCGCUAUGACAUCUUCCAGUUCCAGCUCUCCAACACCACCAACCCUGGCUACCGGUGUAUUGGCCAGUGGACAAACCAUCUGCGACUCAAUGCUGAGGAGAUGCAGUGGUCGGGUGGGGACAGUGCAGUCCCUGACUCGGUGUGCAGUUUCCCCUGUGAGCUAGGAGAGAGGAAGAAGAUGGUGAAGGGUGUGCCCUGCUGCUGGCACUGCGAGCUGUGUGACGGAUAUCAGUACCAGCGGGAUGAGCUAAACUGUGACGUGUGUCCCUUCGACAUGCGUCCCAUGCCAAACCGGACGGGCUGCCGGUCCACACCCAUUAUCAAGCUGGAGUGGAGCUCCCCCUGGGCCAUCAUCCCUGUGUUCCUGGCUGUCUUGGGCAUAUUAGCCACCUCUGGAUGCAUCAUCACCUUCAUCCGCUUUAACGACUCCCCCAUKGUCCGGGCCUCCGGCCGGGAGCUCAGCUAUGUUCUCCUGACAGGCAUCUUCCUCAUCUACCUCAUCACCUUCCUCAUGAUCGCAGAACCCAGCGCCCCAGUAUGUGCGUUCCGCAGGCUGCUGCUGGGCCUGGGCAUGUGUAUUACCUACUCAGCUAUGCUCACCAAGACCAACCGCAUUUACCGUAUUUUUGAGCAGGGCAAGAAAGCAGUCACACCACCUCCGUUCAUCAGCCCUGCUUCUCAGCUGAUCAUCACCUUUAUACUCAUUGGAGUGCAGUUACUUGGAGUUUUCAUCUGGUUCGGAGUGGUGCCCCCACACACCAUCAUAGACUAUGAGGAGCAGCGCCCGCCCAACCCAGAGUUUGCACGUGGGGUCCUGAAAUGUGACAUGUCCGACCUGGCCCUGGUCCUCUGCUUGAGCUACAGUAUCGUGCUGAUGGUGACCUGCACUGUGUACGCCAUCAAGAGCAGAGGGGUGCCUGAGACCUUCAACGAAGCGAAACCCAUUGGCUUCACCAUGUACACCACCUGCAUUGUGUGGCUGGCCUUUGUGCCCAUCUUCUUUGGCACAGCCCAGUCUACUGAGAAGAUGUUCAUCCAGACCACCACCCUGACGGUGUCCAUGAGCCUGAGUGCCACUGUGUCGCUCGGCAUGUUGUACAUCCCUAAGGUCUAUGUCAUCAUCUUCCAUCCGGAGCAGAACAUGCAGAAACGCAAACGCAGCUUCAAGGCUGUGGCUUCAGCAGUGACCACACAACUCUCCCAGAAAGAAGACAAGCAGAAUGGAGAGUCCAAAAGUGGCGCCAUAGUCCCUGACAGAUCACAAUAACCCAGCAGGAAACCAGAGAUGAAUGCCACACUGGGCGCCUUACAGAUGACAGCUUAGCAUGGUCUCUCUUGGCAAAGCACAGCUUUCGAUCAAUGGUGAAGGCUACACUGUCACAUGGGUGGGAUGGAAAUAAAAUGAAAAGGAGACGCUAACUUUGUCAUUCUAAAUAAACACUGACUGACUCGCAACAAGUGCUGUGACCUAACUGUAAACGAAACAGUUGAUACAUUGGAUCAUCCUCCUGGARCAUCCUGAUUCCUGAACAGAACACAAUGAACAUUGUAGACAGCUUUGCCAGACUUCAGGACACAGUGUCUCCUUUUACAGUAGGAUAUCUCAAAUUGACCAUGGAAAUGAAAUAGUCUUUGAUUUUUUUUCCUCAGGACAAUUAUUUGGGUCAGUAGUUGAUCAACUUUUCCCGACUGGAUGAUCCAAAGUAGGAUAUUUUGAAAACAAUGAAGCUUUGUUUGCUUGAUUUAAUCAGCACUGCAUGGGUUGUGUGUACAUUAUAGGAAUGCUUCCAUAGUAUUGUGUGUGAGUGUUAACUUUGACUCGUUCUUUUUUACUGAUUUCACCGGAAGGAACUAGCUUUUCUAUACAUGACUAAAUCCUGGAAUAGGUGUAGGGUUCUUGGAGGACAUACUUUUAAAGAGAAACAAUUGUAGGGAAUUUUGAUUACUGACGUCAAUACUACCAGAUCAAACCUCAUAAGGGACCAUUUUAAUAUAACAUCUACAGUAAAUGCUUUUGGUUCAGUUUGGUGUUAAUUGUUUUAGCGGUAAAGACUUGUAUAUGCUGCUGCAGUCUCUCUAAACAGGAAACCAGUGAUUCUGAACAGGAUAUUGUGUUCUGUAAGGCACCUGGGACAAUUGAGUUGUUAGAACAACUUAUGGUAGACACUACACAACAAUGUAUGGCAUUUCCCUAGAUUGUUCCAAAUAUCUUUACAGUGCUGCUGGGGUUGUGAUUGUGAGAACAGUUAUGGUAACACUAGAUUUCACUGGGAAUAUAAUUUGUGUUUCGAAUGACUACUUUUGUUUGUCAGUAUUGUGCCAUAAUCACAGGUUUGUGGUAUCAAAAUGUUACAUGUUUUCCUUCAUUUAAAUUACAUAGUGAUUUUAUGUAAACCUAUUUGUAAAUGAAUAUUGUGGCACCAUAAUGGUCCACAAAACCACGUUAGCCCAGUUAAGGUCACAUUCCUAGCAGUCCUAGAUCACAGAACGCAUGCAGCAUUCACUCUGAGGGGUACCGAGUUUCUAUUUUGUGAGGUCGAACGCCAUGGAGUGGUGGCUCAGAUUGCAACAUUGUUAUUUGCAGUGAGAUAAUGUUUUACU